CUCAAAUCAUUCCGUUAGCCCCGCCUCCUCCCGAGCUCAGCCCUCCCACCCCUGCGCCCUGCGCGCUGGAACCCUCCCUGGCUGCGAGGCAGUAACAUUGGUUCGAAUUGGAAGGGUCGGGCGCGGCGGUGUGAGUGGGGCACGGACUGUAAAUUCGACUGGGAAAAAUAACCGCAAUAACAAAGUUUCUUCAUUAACUGACCAAUAUUUGCAAAGCUCCAAAAUGGCCUCUAUUAUAACGGAGAACCUCAAAUUCUUUGCCUUGUUUUUUAGAAGCAGAGAUGUUAUGAUAUUUAACGGACUGGUGGCCCUUGGGACUGUGGGUAGCCAGGAGUUAUUCUCUGUGGUUGCUUUUCACUGUCCUUGCUCACCAGGAAGGAACUACAUGUACGGAUUGGCUGCCAUUGGCGUUCCAGCCCUCGUCCUCUUCCUGAUCGGCAUAAUGCUAAAUAACCACAUGUGGAAUCUCGUUGCUGAAUGUCGAAAAAGGGCUUUAAAGAACUGUUCUACCCCGGCCACUUUCUUGUUGUUUGGGUCGAUCCUUGGAAGGGCCAUAGUAGCGCCGGUCACAUGGUCUGUGAUCUCACUACUUCGUGGAGAGGCGUACGUUUGCGCCAGAAGUGAAUUCCUAAAUCCUUCAGCUUUCCUAGAUUUCCCUUUAGGAUAUGGACCUGACUCCAUGGCUAGGUUCUCUUGCCCAGACACACCAAGGAAUCUCAUCCCCUUUAAGGACGAAGUGAUAAGAAGAUUAAAAUAUGAAUCUCAGUUCCUUGGUUGGAUACUGAUUGCUGUAAUUGCCUCUGCUGCCUUUCUGCUCAAUUGCUUGCAUCAUUGCUGUUCCCCUUUAAGCUACCAUCAAGAGGCUUAUUGGAAACACUACCGUUAUGCUGAAAAAGAUCUGUUCAAUCGUACUGCUGAAGUCCAUGCGAAAGUCCUUGCUGCCAAUAAUGUUAAAGAGUUUUUUGGUUUUGUGGCUUUGGACAAAGAUGAAAAGGAAGUAGUCAGCCAGUACCCAGUGGACGAGGCCCAGACAAGCCCUGAGUGGCAGGAGAUCACUGGAGUGUACCUUUAUCGGGAGAACAAGGGCUUCCCAUUGUAUAGUCGUCUCCACAAAUGGGCCAAAAAAGUCAUAGGAAAUGGCACGGAUCCAAACGGUCGAGAAAUGGCCCUGCUUGCUGUAUGAGAAACUGAGACCAGGAGAAUGAGGGGAGGGAGACCUGGUGAUUGAUAUCAUGUCUUAAUGUAUAAAGGAAUAAUGAUGUGUCACUAUCUCUACAGGACACCAUCCGUCCAGCUUUGAACUUCAUAUCAGUGGUGCCUCCCUUGAAUAUCACUUCCUGGAAGCUUUUGAAAGGUUGAAUGUUCAUAACGUGCAUACAGUGCACCCCAUUGUUUCACCAUCAUCUGCGUACUCAUCAAAUGCUUUAACGUUUGGGGUACCAGCAUUCUCACAGUGCCUUGGCUACCAACCAAUGAUAAGUACUGAGUGCAUCAAGGGAACAUAAUUCCAUAUAUUAUGCGAUAGAGCAGCAGUCUCCAGCAUGUUGGUGAGGGGAUAAGACUUGAAUUUAGCAGUGGGUUAAAGGUGCAAUAGAAAGGCAAAGAAAUUAUACAUUCCUCCAAAACUUUUAAAUUUAGGUCACGAAUUACAUAGAUGGUAUAACCAUUUCAUUCUAUUUAUACUCAUUCACAUUCUUGCUAUGAUCGCUCAUUUCUGAACAUAUAUAUAUAUAUAAUCAUGUAAACUUCUACCUAUAAACAGCAAUGGGGUUGUUCAUAAUUCCUUAAUAAGGAGAGCAGUGCAGCAGAUGGGAGUGAAGUAUCUGGCUCACUUUUACUCUUGUCAUGCUGUGCCAGAUGCUUCACUGCUGCUUCCUGCCCGAAGAAUAAACUGUGUGUAAAUGUAGGUGGAGACAUAAAUAUAUUUACUUACCAGUCAGUUGAAAUCUGUUGAAACUUCAUCUGCAGCAAAGGACCCCACUCUCCAUAAAUUACAUUCCACUGAACUCUUAUUGAAAAUCUGUUUUGAAAUGUCUUGGAAUAAUGGAAUGCUAACUUUUAUACUUAAGUAGAAUAAUUCUUAGUCAUCGUCUGUCUAAUAUUAUAUGUGGUACAGCCAAUUAAGCUGCCCUUGCUUCCGUUAAGUACAUGGAAUCCGUUCCGCUGCUGGAAGAGCAGAUAGAUGCUCUGGAACAUUUCAGAUUUUUUCCUUUCUGGACCAGAUUAGCAUCAGAGGUCAAUGGACCCACCAGGGAUUUAGAAACUUGUCCUUUUAAUUUUUUUUUAUCUUUUUUAUGCUUGUAUCUCAGGAAUUCUUUUAUACCUGUUGCAUUGCCUGUAAUUGUGUUUUUAGAGAUUAAAUCUAAAAAUUUUUCAAGCA